AUGGAAAAGCUUAGUUUCAUUGAUUUCCUUUUUCUUUAUUCAGUUACCGAUGCAACGCUUAAUUGUUCGGUAGGUGCGAAUGAACUUGACCUGAUCAACUUGAAUCCAUUCUUCGUGCGCCUUAAUCUAUCACCAAAUCGGACAUCAGUUGAGUAUGAUACAGAAUUACAACAAAUUAAAAAAAUGAUUGUUGUCGAUAAUAAAAACCCAUCAACCAAUGUAUUCUGUUUAAAAAAUCUGCGAUCGCUGCAAUUGAUCAAUACUAAUCUUUCGCUAUUACCGGACAUUAGUAAUUUGAAAAAUUUAGAAUUGUUACAAAUCGAAUCCACUUACACAUUAAUUAAAUAUUAUAUACCAUCUGAAAUUGGAGAACUGGCACGUUUAUCUGGAUUAAUAUUGAGGAACAUUUACAAUCUUACUUAUCUGCCAGGUGAAAGUGGACAAUGGCAAUCAUUAACUUUAGCACAACUUCCAAGUCUACAAAAUAUUCCGCGUAUCAGCAUGGGUAAUUUAAGUAAACUACGCGCAUUGAGCUUAGAGGAUAUACCAAAAUUAGCAGUGCUUCCAAGUCCAAUGGAAAAUUUUCAACAAUUGAACACAUUCAUUUAA